AUGUCGACUGCUUUGUGGCCAUCACCUUCAUCGGUAUCCUCCGGGUCACUCAGCUGUUCGUUUAGAUUCCAGGUGCCGUCAGGUGUGCGCCACUUUGAAGGUAAGUUUGAGAACCUGCGCGGUCAAUCGUUAUUUUACUUUUCGCUGUACCCACCGUCUAAAUGUGAAUUGCGCGGCGUCGUGCUGUAUCUGCACGGCGUGGGUGAUCACUGCCGCCGUGUCAUCUCUCUCUACGAGCGCUUGUGCGAAGAAGGUUUUGGCGUCAUCACCUAUGACUUCGUGAAUCACGGUGCCAGUGGCUGUGACAGCCAUAAGACGCGUGGUCACGUGCGUAGUUUUCGGCAACUCGUGGAGGACACAAAUGCCUACAUCACGUUUGCUAAAAAUGUCAUCUUUCCCCAAACUAAUUAUCUGGCUCCACCAUUGCUAAUCGCCGGCUCCUCUUUCGGAUCACUUGUGGGGCUUCACGUCGUGCUCUCUUGUCAGCACAAAUUCUACGCCGCGUUUUGGGCAUCGCCGACGGUCGGGAUGGAAAUGAAAACAAUUUGGAAGGUUCAGGCGGCAGUUAUUCAGCCUUUGGCUCUAUUUUUGCCUCGGAUGCGCCUCGUACCGAGUGUUGACUACGAGCUGCUGUGGCGUGAUCCCGGCACCUUAGCAGACUUCAAGACCGACCCGUUGGCAACGAAAGAUGACAUAACCGCAAGAACGAUGCAGCAAACACUUCAUGCUAUGCACCGCAUAAUGAAAGACAAAAGCAUUUUGCACGCUGGGAGUAGCUUUUGUAAUUUAAGCGUACUAUUUCUCGUCGGAUCCGAAGACCACGUUGCGGACCAAGGCGUGACAAGAAGGUUUUACGAUAAAAUUGCUAACCCGGACAAAAAAUUCAGGGUGUUUGAUGGUGUUUUCCACAGUGUCUUUGAAGAUCCUGAGAGUGAAGAAAUAUUUGACUACCUAUGCGAGUGGCUUCGAGAUCGAUUUCCACAGAUGCACACUAAUGAGAACUAA